UAAGAGGCACCCUUCAUGGCUCCUGUCACGCUGUCUGGAGUGGCUCACAACUGCGAGUGCCAGUCUCAGCUUUCAGAAACCAGAAGGACUUGUUCUGCGAAAAAAAUCUUUCAUGGAAAGUCAUCAAAAACAGGAGAAAUGACUUGCUGGAAAGUGGUGAAAUCUGUUCUCGUACUCUGCCUGAUCCUCAUUCCCAUAUUUGUCUGGAUGAUAGUCUGGAAUGGGCCCGUCCACUACCUUCCAUACUACCUUCCUUGCCCAGAAAUCUUCUCCAUGAAACUACAAUAUGCAGAAGAGAAGCCCGUCCAGCUUUUCCCUGAGCUAUUUUAUCCUCAGCCCAGAUCACUGGAUCAGAAGCGCCGGGAUGUGCUGACUCUCGCGCCUUGGCUGGCCCCCAUUGUUUGGGAAGGAACUUUCAACUCCGAACUCCUGGACAGUGCCUACAAGCCAUUGAACCUCACCAUAGGGGUGACAGCCUUUGCCAUUGGCAAGUACACCAUGUAUGUGGGCCGCUUCAUAGAGUCGGCGGAGAAACUCUUCAUGAAGGGCUACCGGGUGAACUACUACAUCUUCACCAACAACCCCCAGGCGAUCCCCAAAGUCCAGCUGCAGCCCGGCCGGAGCCUCCGCAUCGUCCCCAUCAAAAAAUACUCUCACUGGCAGGAGAUUUCCAUGCGCAGGAUGGAGGCGAUAAACAGGCACAUCGCAGAGGUGAGCCACCGGGAGGUGAACUAUCUUUUCUGCCUGGACAUCGACAUGGUGUUUCACAACCCAUGGGGGGUGGAGACUCUGGGCGAGAUGGUAGCGGCCAUACACCCUGGGUACUACAAAGUCCCUCGCAGCCAGUUCCCUUAUGAGAGGAGGAGCUCUUCCGCUGCCUUCAUCCCUGACAACCAGGGGGACUUCUACUAUGCAGGGGCCGUCUUCGGUGGGCUGGUCAAGCAGGUGUACGAAUUCACCAGGGCCUGCCACAUGACCAUCCUGGCAGACAAAGCCAAUGGGAUCAUGGCGGCCUGGCAGGAGGAGAGCCACCUCAACAGGCAUUUCUUUUCCCACAAGCCCUCAAAGCUCCUCUCCCCGGAGUACGUGUGGGAUGACACCAAGCCCAAGCCGCCUGAGGUGCGCCUGAUACGCUUCUCCACAGUGAAUAAGGACUACAGGGAGAUACGGGACUGAUGUGUCAAGUCCUCUUGGAGGUGUCUAGCCCUCUCUUUUUUACCAUGACAUCAGGCCCUUGAUCUGCUGCCAGUGCAGGAUGUAUCCCAGUCAGUGUUUCGGCUCCCCUCUGUGGAUGGAUUGUGGAGCUGGCACUGGGAAGGGCAGGUGGUUCACCUUAGGGAUGGUGUAAGGUACUUGUUGAGAAUGGUGUGAUGAUGCCACAGUGAUGGUGACUCCUUGAUCUACUUGAAAGGAUCUACUUGAUUCCUCCUCCCUGUAAACCUGGGGGCUGCCAUUGCCUGGAUAGUCACCUUUUGCCAAGCGAUACCAAAGCUUAGCAUCCCCUGUGUGCUGGUUUAAAAGAAAAACGCCCACAUUGUAGUUUGGUCUGAGACUGGCCAAUAAAACGACCAUCAGCCCUGUCAAACCUCAGCCCUGAAUGGAAAGGUGCAGUUAACUUUCAUGAUGUUUUUCGCGCUCCAGAAGUGUCUAAUACCUUAAGCAAGGCUCAACUCGUAAUUAGCCUGGGGAACUCAUUGCCACAAGGCAUUGUUGAGACCAAGAAUUUAGCAGGAUUCAAAAAAAGAUUGCACAUUAAUCUGGAUAAGGAGAAUAUGCAUAAUUAUGGUUUU